GUAAGUGCAAAAAUUAAGACAUAACGAACCUGAAAUCCGUCGUAUUGCGUGUACUGUAUAUUAUAUGCGGACACCUGUAAGCAACACAAUGUAGCCGCGAGAUGAAAGAACAUACAAAUAAAUAAGAAAUGAAUUGGGUAGCUCAGUUACCGAGGAUUGUUUUGAAGCCAGGAUGUAAAUAUUGUGUCCCAGUGGGGACCAAGGCAUCCAGGUACUUCUCCUCUUCUCCCACACUGCCACCAGACGUAGCAUUUGAGGAAUUGCAGCAAAAUCUUACUGAUGAAAAAGUGAUGCUGAUUGAUGUCCGCACAUCCAAGGAACUAAACAGAUAUGGGAAAAUUCCUAAAUCCAAGAACAUUGGAUUGUUUAUCCUGGGAACUCACCUCCUACUCCCUGAAGUGGAAUUUGAAUCACAACUUGGUUUUAAAAAGCCAGCGCUGGAUGAGCCUGUUAUUGUUUCUUGUCUGGCUGGUGUUCGUGCUAGAACUGCUCAAUUAGCAAUGAUAGGAGCUGGCUACAAGAAUGUUAGGGUGUAUGUUGGAUCUUUUGAGGAUUGGCUAGAGAAGGGUGGACCAGUGGAAUAUUUUGAAGAACCUCAGAGCUAGAUGAGGCCUUUGUAAAACUGACAGUUGUAUGUAGUUUUGGAAAUCUUAGUUUGAUGGCCUAGAAACAAUGUAUAAAUUUUGGGAAAGAUGAGUAAUAUUUGGUCACCAAAAGCCUUGUACUGUAACACUAAUAAAUUUUAAUAUUCAUUA